AUUCGUGUUAAUUCCGUAAAAUUUUAUACGAAACGCAUAGCUUAACUGUCGUGAAACGAUUUGCGCUAAUUUUCACGGUGAAAACUGACCGAUUUGCGGGCUGAAAAUAACUUUGAAAAAUUGUGCUUCGUGUGGGCAGUGCGGAAAAUCGACAUUUUGAUUUUGUGCGUCGUGCUUCUAGCGAAAAAAAUUGUAGAGUGUGUGGUGUGGAGAGCGGAGCUAGAUUGUGGCAGGAACGGAUCUAAUCCUUUAGAGAACAGUUCGAGGAACAAAAUGUCUGGAAAUACGUGCUUCAAGUGUGACCGGCCGGGACACUACGCCCGCGAUUGCCAAAACGUUGGCGGAGGUGGUGGUCGUCCAGGCGGACCCCGGGACCGUCAGUUCGGCGGCGGCGGUGGUGGUGGUGGUGCCGGAGGUGGCGGCGGCGGACGUCGCGAGAAGUGCUACAAAUGCAACCAAAUGGGCCACUUUGCACGUGAUUGCAAGGAGGAUCUGGACCGGUGCUACCGCUGUAACGGAAGCGGCCACAUUGCCCGUGACUGCAGUCUCUCACCUGACGACUCUUGCUGUUACAACUGCAACCAGAGCGGUCAUCUGGCACGCAACUGCCCGGAGAAGAGCGACCGGGACAUGAACGUGUCCUGUUACAAUUGCAACAAGAGUGGUCACAUCUCGAGGAAUUGUCCCACCGGGGACAAGAGCUGCUACAGCUGUGGCAAAAUCGGUCACUUGAGUCGCGACUGCACAGAGAACAAGGGCCGCGAUUAGAAGUCGGGUUAUGCGUCGUCGUGGUGCGUCAGCAGCAGCAGCAGCAACAGUAUCACUGCAAACAACAAUAAUAACAACAACCACAACAACAACAUUGUCGGCAGCAGCAACGUUUUGAAUCACAG